AUGGAGACAAUUUUAGAACAACAACGGCGUUACCAUGAAGAGAAAGAACGUUUAGUGGACGCUAUGGUGAAAGAAAUGCUUCACAAAAAAAAUACUUAUCGAGAAACAAUUAAUUCUGAUCAUCGUUUAAAAUACCUACUGGAUCGGUAUAUGACUUCAACCGAUCGUCUCAUUGAAUUAUACGAAGACAAAGAUGGCCAGCGUAAAGCAGAAGUUGCUGCUUUAACUGGACCUAAUGAGUUCCAGGAAUUUUAUAGCAGAUUGAAGCAGAUAAAGGAUUUUUAUAGAAAACAUCCGAAUGAAAUAAGUGUUCCCAUGUCAGUGGAGUUUGAUGAAUUUGCCAAAGCUAGAGAAAAUCCCAACGAAGAUAUGGCGAAUUUUGUUGAAUUUACCGAUGAAGAAGGUUAUGGAAAAUACUUGGAUUUACACGAGUGCUACGAAAAAUAUAUCAAUCUGAAAGGGAUAGAGAAAGUGGAUUACAUAACAUAUCUCGGUAUGUUUGACCAGUUGUACGAUAUCCCGAAAGAGAGAAAAACGGGCGAAUAUCGGAAAUAUUUGUUAUGCCUCAUAGAGUACCUGACGUGGUUUGUACAAAGAAUCAAGCCUUUAAUGGACAUGGAUGCGGACCUACAAGAAGAAGUUAACCAAGUCCUGGCUACUUGGGAAAGUGGAACUGUUCCUGGAUGGCCGAAAGAAACUGGGUCUGCGUUGACUAACGUGGGGGCUCACUUGGAUCUCUCGGCUUUUUCCAGUUGGGAGGAAUUGGCGUCUCUUGGUCUGGAUCGUCUGAAGUCUGCGCUUAUGGCGCUGGGCCUAAAAUGUGGAGGCACCUUGGAAGAAAGAGCUCAGAGAUUGUUUUCUACAAAGGGGAAAGGCUCAUUGGAUCCUUCGUUAAUGACCAAAAAUAACAAAGGAAAAGCCAGUAAAGAAAAAGAACAGUUGCGUCAACGAGAACUGGCCACAUUAGAAGCGCAAGUGUACAGACUUGCAGAUAUAGUGGCUCCACAACGUGGCGCCACCAAGGAAAAUGUUCAGAGGAAGCAAGCUAGAACGGAUGGUGAGCGAGACGAUAGCGAAAACGAGGAAAGUGAGGAUGACAGUCCCGACGAGGCCGACGACGACGUGCCUUACAAUCCCAAGAAUUUACCUUUAGGAUGGGAUGGAAAGCCUAUUCCUUAUUGGCUUUACAAGCUUCACGGAUUGAAUAUAAGUUACAACUGCGAAAUCUGUGGUAAUUACGUUUACAAGGGGCCGAAGGCGUUUCAACGGCACUUUGCCGAAUGGAGGCACGCCCACGGUAUGAGGUGCUUGGGGAUUCCCAAUACAGCUCACUUCGCAAACGUCACACAAAUCGAGGACGCGUUGGCAUUGUGGGAGAAACUGAAGGUACAAAAGCAGAGCGAACGUUGGCAACCAGAAACGGAAGAAGAGUACGAAGAUUCUCAAGGGAACGUUGUUAACAGGAAAACUUAUGAAGAUCUCAAAAGACAAGGUUUACUUUAA